CACCACGCACACAACCGCGCGCCCACGUACACACGCGCACAAACACUCGCCGAGCUCGGCAGUGGAGAGAGAGUGAGAGAGUGCAUUGGAACGUAGCGGCUGGCGUGCGCGCGUGUGUGUGUGUGUAUGCAUGUGUGUGCGUGUCAGUGCGUACGCGCUCCCUCGGCGGUAGAAACGACUGGCGGGGCGGACAUGGAAGCACUCGGGAAAAACGCUGGAAAGUGACCGAGCACCGAGGCGAAGAGGGGGGGUGGGGGACGGAGAGAGAGCCAGCAAGGACGGACGGAUAUACGGGGAGAAAAGACGGACGGACGGAAGGAGGGCGGCGAGAAAAGUCUGACAGAGGGUAGGAAGAGAGUGAAAAGCGGCUCGCCUGGAACGCAGCAGGAUCCUAAGGAGUGAGCCCUGGGCUGGAUGGGACCCACCAUGCCUCCCAGUAAGAAGGCCCAGAGCCCCAGUAGUGGAGCCAGCGCUUCACAGGGCAUGAGCCCGCCGUACCGACAAGGGGACGCCGCAACGGCGGCAUCCGAGGCGGAGGCGGCGGACCUCUCGCUGUCCUUGUCCGCCUCCUUCUCCAAAGCCGAAGACGAGGAGCUCACCAGUCUUUCCUGGCUCCACGAGAGCACCGACCUGCUCAACAGCUUCAGCCACUCGGGCUUGCGUAGCGUUUCCCCGCUGCUGGACCCGGACGGUCAGCACCCCCGCUCGCCCUCUUCCACGUCGCCGUGCCCGGACGACCCGCUGCUGGGCGACGCGCACUCGGCGUACGACUUGGCGGCGGGGGCCAAUCGCAAACCGCCGUACUCCUUCAGCUGCCUGAUCUUUAUGGCCAUCGAGGAUGCGCCCAACAAGCGGCUGCCUGUGAAAGACAUCUACGGCUGGAUCCUUGAGCAUUUCCCCUACUUUGCGAGCGCCCCCACGGGAUGGAAGAACUCGGUGCGGCACAAUUUGUCGCUAAACAAAUGCUUCAAGAAGGUGGAUAAAGACCGCAGUCAGAGCAUAGGAAAAGGAUCUCUAUGGUCGAUAGACCCAGAGUAUAGACACAACCUGAUCCAAGCACUGAAGAAAACACCGUACCAUCCCUACUCAACAGGCCUGGCCGCCCCCUCCACUUCCCCGCCCACCCUGUCUCAGACAUUUCACCACAGUCCUCCAUUGUGGUCGGGGAGUCCCCUCUUCAGGAAGAAUGGCGGAGUCCUCCUACAAGUUCCUCGUGGCGUGAUUCAAAACGGCGCCCGUGUCAGGAGCCAGGCACUCUUCCCCGUGAUAAGACCCGUUCCCGUCAGCCCAGUAGGGAGCAGAACUUCGGCCAUAAGAUCUUCCAUAGGAGAGUAUCUGAAGCGAGGCCAGGACAGCCCCUCUUGCUACUCGCCUCCACCUUGCGGCGAGGACCUUCAGGAAGACCACAAUUACAGCACCGCCAAAUCCCCGAGCAGGCUGGGCUCCUCCCAGGCCACGCCCCCUUCGUCUCCGACGGACGACGACGACAUCAUCGCCGUGGAAAUCCAAUCCGACAUCAAACCCGAGCCCCGGGAGAUCCCGCUGGAUUCCCACGUCAGCGCCACCGCCGCCGCCGCCGCCGCGACCUACCUUUCCCAGCAACCCCUGCGCGGACAGAGACGUGGCUUGGGGGCGGGACCCGGGACACUGGCGGGAAGCAGCUUCGCGUGGACCAAAAACCGAGCGAGGGCCAUUAGCGAUACGCUGCCGCUGAAGAAGCGGCGGGCGGUGGAGAAGCCGCCGGAGAGCGACGACGAGGAGAUGAAGGAGGCGGCGGGGUCGCUGCUCCACCUGGCCGGGGUCCGAGCCUGCCUCAACAACAUCACAAACCGCACCGCCAAGGGCCAGAAGGAGCAGAAAGAGGCCCUGAGAAACUAAAGGACGCACACGGUACCAUCAUCGAGUGAACACGUUAGCACGCCGACACAGACACACUGUACGACACCCAAAUAGAUCAACAGGUAACAUGUUUUAGUCUCCACGGACGCGUCUCAUCUCCCUCUUAUCUAUCUGCAGGGCAUUAGGUGAAUCCUACUUAUUUGUGGCAAUAUCAAAAAUCUAUGUUUUCCUACAUGUUCAGCAACACUAAUGGGUACUUCUCAUGUGUCUUUUGUUUUUUUUUUUUUUUUUUUUUUUUUCCAAAGGGGAUGAAAGCCAUAGUAAAGCAUUCAUUCGGACAAAUGGGCAAAAGUGUAAAUCCGUACAACGGCAGAUGAUGGCUGUUUGUCUUGCAUAUUUGUUUGUUCGCGUGCGUAACCUGUAGCAAUCUUGCAGUUGAUGCCAGCAAAGGUGGCGGAGCCUACGAGACUCGGGCGAGGGGAGGGGCGGGGAGGGGGAGGGCGGGCGGGCGUAACCCCUCCCUAGCAUCACUCUCCUUACAUCCACGAGCACAAAUGUGAGACUGUGCCAAAGAGAAGUGACCAGGUUGCUUCAUGUAGCCAAUAUGACAGCUGACAAAAAAAAAAAAAAAACUAAACUUAAAAAAAAAAAAAAACACCCGAAGGCAGUGGUAGUUAAGCUUAACGAGGACGACCGUAAGUGUCAAAAUAAUUGUAAAACCCAAUGUGAUAUAUACUCAUGCACUUGAUAUUAUUUUAAUGCCACUUAAAGAAAAGCAACAUGGUUUAUUUCAAGAGCACUCAUAGUAUUUAAGAGUAGAUAUAUGAAAACGUCAGGGGGG